CAUCACAACUUAAAACAUCAUAUCAAAUCCAGCUUGCUUCUAUAGUCUCUCGUCAUUCUUACGCUAUUUGCCACUAAUAUAUCAAUCAUUCUACAUAUCUAGAGGCUAAUCUUUGGAGUUUUAGCAACAACUAAAAUAUUACACCAAUCAAGCAUAUCAUGAGAUUUGAUGCUAUCAUGAAAGUGGUGGUAAUGCUAGUGAUCAUGCUAAGACAUUGUAACGGUCUUAGCAUGAACUACUACAUGUUGAGUUGCCCUAUGGCCGAGUUCAUUGUUAGAAACUCGGUCAACUCAGCUUUGAGAGCCGACCCAACACUCGCUGCGGGUCUUCUCAGGAUGCACUUCCAUGAUUGUUUCAUUGAGGGUUGUGAUGCAUCCAUUUUGCUUGAUUCUACGGAUGACAACACGGCGGAGAAAGAUUCUCCCGCGAAUUUGAGCUUGAGGGGCUACGAGGUCAUCGACGAUGCCAAACAACAACUUGAAAACCAGUGCCCUGGUGUCGUGUCAUGUGCCGAUAUUGUAGCAAUGGCUGCCCGUGAUGCGGUUCUCUUUAGCGCUCCGGGUCUAAUUUAUGAUAUACCAAAAGGAAGAAAAGAUGGAACAAGAUCCAAAAUUGAAGACACAAGAAACUUGCCUCCACCAAUCUUCAACAGCAGUGAACUAAUUAAAAUGUUUGGGCAAAAGGGUUUCACAGCUCAAGAAAUGGUUGCCCUUUCUGGUGGACAUACACUAGGAGUGGCUCGAUGUUCCGCGUUCAAGAACCGUCUAAAAAACUUUGACUCGACACAUGAUGUGGACCCGAACAUGGACACCCAGUUCAUGAAAACGCUAGUGAAGACAUGUAGCGCUGGAGACACUGCGGAACAACCAUUUGACGCGACAAGAAACAAUUUUGAUAAUGCGUACUACAGGGCGCUUCAAAGGCAGGCGGGACUCCUGACAUCGGACCAAACCUUGAUGACUGAUCCCAAUACCCGGCCCAUUGUCAACGCAUACGCGAUGAACCAAGCCAUGUUCUUUUUCGAUUUUCAACGAGCCAUGGUGAAGAUGGGGCAGCUUGAUGUUAAAGAGACCGGACAAGUUCGCCAAAACUGCCGCAAAAUCAACUAAUCAGUUUCAACUUGGAUUUGAGUAGUGCAAACAACUUGAUUGAUACGUUUCUAGCUUUUUAUAUAAGGUUUGUUAUAUAUGAUGGAUUGGAUGUAUAAUUAAUAAUAGUAUGGAAGUUGUGAUUGUGUGCUUAAUAUAUGAAUGUAAAUUAUUAUAUUUCUUAUAA